AUGGACGCCGCCGCCAGCGCUAUCAACAACUUCCUAUCCGGCACAGGUCAGUCAAAAGAGACCAAGGCCGAGGCUGAAGUCGCAGCUCCAGUCAAGGCCGAGCCUCAAUCAGCUCCCGUCGUUGACACCAAGACCACAGGCCAGAAGGACACCACUGUCGAGACAGAGGUAGCCCCUGCCGUGCAGCACGAGACCGUCAAGCACGAGCACGAGACAAAAGAGCAAACUGUCGUCGACCGCGAACGCCACCAAGAUCACUACCACACCACCAUCCAGCCCCUCAAGGACCAGGAAGUCGAGCCCGAGCGCCACUACAACGAGACCGACGCAGUCGAGGAGCGUCAAAUCAACAAGGACAACAAGGGUGACGAUAUCAAGGCAAAGGUCGCCGCUCAGCAGUCCGAGUUCAAGAACACAACCGAGGAGGCAGAGACAAAGGAGACCAAGACCACCGAGCCCACCAUCACCGGCGAGUCGGUCCACCACCACCUCCACGAGACCAUCCAGCCCGUCAUCGAGAAGGAGCGCAUCAUCCCUGAGGUCACCCACAAGGUCAAGCCCGUCCACGAGGUCAUCCAAGAGCCCACAAAGAACCACGGCGUCACAAAGAACGAGGCCAUGUCUGUCGAGGACUUCAAGGGCAACUUGGCUGGCGAGAAGACCGUCGAGGUCAAGUCUGCCACUGCCCACACUGCUUCAGCCGACACCACUGCCGUCACCGACAAGAACUAA